AUGAGACAGUCUCAGAGAUGUGAAGAUGCCAUAAGAAGCAAUGACAAAAAGAUUGAAGAUUUGGGUGAUGCUUUAGCUGAAUUGGAGAAAGAGAUGAAAGAGAUGAAAGAAUUGGUUCAAGGGUAUGAGCGAGAUGUGAAGAGCUUGAAGAAGAUAGCAGUUUGUGGAGUUGGAAUGAUGUUUAUGUACUACUAUUUUGCUAUGUAG